UUUAGCGCCCCUAGUGGCUGUUUAAUUUUAAGCCCUCCUCGUUUCCGUUGAAUUCAGUUCGUACCUCAAAGAUUAAAAGUUUGCAGCAGUGUUAUACGAAACUUCAGUCAACAUGACGAACAGUGUCACCCAUAGUUGCUGUGAAGGGGUGUGAACUAAACUGGAGCUGUCCUCUUGGAUAGCUGGUUCAAACACCUGUAUAUGGCGUACCGGAUCCAGUUCUUUUGCCGAGCACUUGGCACUGUUGGAUUAGUUCUCCUUUACUAUGUAUUCUCCAUAGGCAUCACCUUCUACAACAAAUGGCUGAUGAAGCAGGGGUUCCACUAUCCUCUCUUCAUGACAUUAGUUCACCUUGUCGUCAUCUUCUGCCUGUCAACUCUGACACGAAGGGUCAUGCAGUGGUGGACAAGGAAACCUCGCGUUAUUCUGGGGUGGAAAGAUUACCUCCGUAAAGUAGCUCCAACAGCCCUGGCGACCGCACUAGAUAUUGGACUUUCCAACUGGAGCUUCCUCUUCAUCACUAUUAGUUUGUACACCAUGACCAAGUCUUCGGCUGUGCUGUUUAUCCUCUUUUUCUCCCUGGUCUUUAAACUUGAAGAGCCGAAUCCAUUCCUGAUCCUGGUAGUCCUGCUGAUCUCCAGUGGUCUUUUUAUGUUUACAUAUGAGUCAACCCAGUUCAACAUGGAGGGCUUCAUCAUGGUGCUCCUUGCAUCUUUCUUAGGCGGGAUCCGUUGGACCCUCACUCAAGUCCUCAUGCAGAAAGCAGAGCUGGGUCUUCACAAUCCGAUAGAUGCCAUGUACCACCUACAGCCUCUCAUGUUCCUUAGCCUCUUUCCGCUCUUCCUUUAUAAUGAAGGGCUGAACCUCAUCACCUCAGAAAAGUUAUUCCGGGUGACAGAGCUCUCACCUGUCCUGUAUUCACUCCUCACUCUAAGCAUUGGCGGUACACUGGCCUUUGGUCUCGGGUUCUCCGAGUUCCUGCUAGUCUCACAAACCUCCGGCCUCACUUUAUCCAUAUCAGGGAUCUUUAAGGAGGUAUGUACUCUACUUUUGGCAGCACGUGUGAUGGGAGACAAAAUGAGUGCACUUAAUUGGCUGGGAUUUGCUGUGUGUUUGUCUGGCAUUUCCUUGCAUGUGGCACUAAAGGCUUACUAUUCCAAAAGUAAGGUCCCUUCUUUAAAGCAGCUCAGUGCUAAGAGCUCAGAGCUGGAGCUGCCAUUACUGCUGCACAAAGACGAGGAGGAGGACUCGGCUGCUGAUGAAAACCAGGAACACAGAGUCACACUGCACUAACAUCACAACAUAUGGACUAGAUGAUUGCCUUGAUGAUUCUCAUUCCCUGGAAAUGUUUCUUCAGGUUUCUCAACUUCUCAUAUUGGAGAAAAACAUGAAGCAUCAUUUUUUUUCUUCUUCUUACAUCUUUAGUUCUUGUUCAGUUUGGUGGUUUUGGAAGCUGCAGCCUUCAGCUACACUUUAAAACUGAGUAAUACUGUGUUAGUUUUUUGUUCUUCUUCUUCCUUUGGUGAUGUUUGAAGCCCGAGCUAUGCAAGUCUCAACAAAUUAUGAUGAAUGGAAAAAAGUGUCAUAUUAAAGGAAACUGACAUUUUAGAUUG